AUGGCAUCAAUUUUCACUUACGACCCAGACCCGCCGCGGGUAUCGUCACCGUGGUCAACCUCGGGAUCGUCGACCCCUCAGCUCAAUCUAUCUGGUGGUCGCGGGUUAGCAAUUCGCACGCGUUCUAGCACUACUCCGCUACGCGCUGACCCAGUUCUGUUGUCCGACUAUGGAAUUUCAAAAUUGGAACCAGAGCCUCAAGAAGGCCCCACAGAGUACAAGUUACAUCUGCUUCUUCGACCCAGACGUCCCUAUCUUUCCAUGUCAACAGGGAACGUAGUUGCGGGAUCAUAUCAUUCACGCAUUCUGCCACCAUCCUCUACCUCUGCAUCCCCGGGCUCUGAGGCAGCUCCGAAGCCCAUGCAAGCCAAAUCAAAUCAGAGCCGCCAGCAACGACUACAAGGGUUGACUACCCAGCUAUUAUGGCGCCUGCAGCAAUCUUCGCCAUUUCACUCAUCCACCACCUCAAAUCUUGUGUUGCCUGUUCUCCCCGAUGCAACUCCCCAGUUAGGUGUUCCUUCCAAGCCUGCCCGCUUGCUUCCUGGUCUCGAAGAGAGCCAAGGUGCUUUGUAUGAGAUUGGAGUUGCCGACGAUGGAACCUUUGUCGGUCUAACUCAAGAUGAGUUGGACGAGAGCAUCACCAAUCUCCAGUCUAUGGCUGCAAGUCUUGGGUGUAAGGUCGAGGUCCUUCGCCGCGUCGUGGUCGGGAAAUGCGAGUGGGCAGUGGAAACGCCAGAUGCACCGCUAGAUGCACCGCCCGAUCCGGCCACGAAUACCGUCGAAGGACUCUGGGUUGUUGAGGCGUUGGUAAGCCCAGAUCUGGACUUUUACAACAUCUCCCAGGGCAAGUCAAUACAUGACUCACAAUCCACUGCAAAAGCCGAGUCUGGAAAUGUGUCAGCUGUGGACGAAGAUUACUCGCACACGGAGCAAAUUCGGAUUUCUAUUGCAGGUCCCAGCACCGCAGGAAAGUCUUCUUUGCUGGGUACAUUAACGUCUUCGGCGCUUGACAAUGGAAGAGGCAAAAGCAGAUUGAGUCUUCUGAAGCAUCGACACGAGAUAUCAUCGGGAAUUACCAGUUCAGUCGCCCAGGAACUGAUUGGAUACACCGAUGAGGCGCCACCUACCGUGAUCAACUAUGCCUCUGGGAAUGUUGCUGGCUGGGAUGAUAUACAUGCCGCCUCACAUGGGGGUCGUUUGGCCUUUGUAUCCGACUUACCAGGCUCCGUUCGAUAUCUGAAGUCCACACUGCGAGGGCUUGUUAGCUGGGCUCCUCACUACGUGAUGCUUUGCAUCCCGGCUAACUGUGGUGAUGAGACGACCAUGAUUGAACAAGGGACCGAACAUUCAGAGAUUGACCUCUGCCUGGCAUAUCUCGAACUCUGUUUGAAACUAGAACUCCCUGUGUUAAUUGUCAUCACAAAGCUAGAUGUUGCUUCCCGCAGUGGAUUGCGAGAGAAUCUCGCCAAAAUCCUUUCGGCAAUCAAAACCGCCAAUCGGAAGCCUGCAAUGCUCCCUGCAAGCCCUGCCAGUGACAAGGUGCUUGACCUUCAGCAUAUUAGCACCCUGGAAAGCACUCAAGUACGCAAGGCAAUCGACGCCGCCGAGGGGAAGUGGUCAUACACUGUGCCGAUUAUCUUGACCAGCGCUGUGGAUGGAUCCGGCAUAGGGAAGCUACAUGCUUUCCUUCGCUAUCUACCAAUUCCUGCCCAUCCCUCUCAGAGAAUCCUUCGUAUUCCCAAGGCUUUAUCUAUAUCUCCCCACGACACCGGCAACGUCUUUGAUGUAGACGAGGUCUUUGCCAUCCCACCUUCGAAGGUCUACUCAAUAGCCUCGGAGAAGGGCGGCGAAGAGAACCGUGGAAUGGUCCUUUGCGGCCUGGUCCGCCACGGCAGCAUCUCUAUCGGCGAUGAGAUGGUCAUUGGUCCAAUCCUGGUGGACGUUCCUAGUGACUCGAAUAACGAGCCUCCACCCUCGGUGGGGACCCUGUCCCGCAGCGGGCCGGGUGAUGUGUCGGCAUCAUUCCCGCAGAGCCUCCUAUCCGGCAAAGACUCACAGGCCAGAUGGCAGCGUGUCCGCGUCGUCAGCGUGAGAGAUCUCCGCCUACCAGUCCGCCGCCUAGUGAAGGAUCAAGUAGGCACAAUCGGUAUAGAGCCCAUAGGGUCUUCCGAAGACAAAAAUCUACCGCGCCUUGGCAGAAUCCGUAAGGGCAUGGUUCUCUCAAACUUGCAUAAAUCGCCCUCAUACACCACCUGUAUAUCGGCCGAUUCCUCACUAUUACCGUUACCAUUCCACACCGGAUUCACCGCAACAUUCCGAUCUACUGAGUUCUCCGCUCCGAACUCCCUCCUCUUCUCCUUGGAGGCAAUGCCAUUGCAUAUAUUGCCAACAUUCGCACUACUCAAUAGCUUCGGCAGCGAUGGGACCGCCGAAGCAGUCCGGCGUCGUCCCUCAGCAACGGACAUCAGCAAAGUCAUCUCAGGAACUAUACCCGCCUCCAUUGUCGGCGUCGCAUCCUCGGCGGAAGCCCUGAAAGAAGACGUCAAGAUUACCUUUGCACUUGUAUCUUCUGUGGAGUGGAUCGAGCUGGACUCUCAGGUGCUUGUUAUGCCUGGUAUUUCCAUGGCUUCUGCUUCGUCUCAGGCUGCUACCACGGUAGCAUCUGCGCCUGGCUCUGGUUCGGCUUCCAUGUCCGGACUUGAGGGAUUUGUCGGCGCCGUUAGUGAAGUUGUUCCUGGGCGGGUCCCAGUGACUGAGGGGUGA